AUGAUUAAUAAUACUAAUAAAUUAAUUAAAAUAAUUAAUUUAAUAAUUUAUUUAAUUUUAUUAAAAUCCAUUAAAGUAUUUAGUGUAUCUUUAGACUUGUCAACAAUUGGGUGUGAUGGAAAUUGUAUUCAAGAAAUGGGAAAAUUAAUUGAAGUAACCCCAACUUCUUCAAUAUUAUACAGUAAUGAACAAGCAUUUAUGAGCAAAUUCUUUAAAAAUGUUUGCAAUUCAUAUCGGGAAGUAGAUGAAUGUUUAUUACGUUGUGAGUCUAAAAGUAAACAAGUUGCUGAUCUUAAAACAGCUUAUGCUGGGUUACAAUUUGUUUGUAAACAAAGAAAAGAAGAAUUUUUUGGUUCAUUGCCUUGCCUUUUUGAGUAA